AUGCCUCGUGCGCCGCCGCCGCUCUCCGCGCUGCUCCGCCGCCUCUCCUCCCACCCCACCCACUCCUCCGCAUUCCACGCCACGCUGCUCAAGUCUUCUUCCCUCUCCAGCCCUAUCCCGGCGACCGCCCUGCUCACAGCCUACGCAAAAGCCGGCCUCCCAGGCGCCGCCUCCCGCCUGUUCGACGAAAUGCCAGCGCGCGACGCCGUUGCUUGGAACGCGCUCAUCACCUGCCAAGUCCGCCACGGGCGCCCCGCAGCCGCCGUAGAAGCCUUUCGCGGCAUGGCAGCUGCCGGGUUCGCGCCAACGGCUGCCACCCUCUGCACCAUGCUCAAGGCCUGCACCUCCUCCCGCGCCGUCCGCCCCGCCCGCCAGCUCCACGCGUUGACAGUGCUUGCGUGCCACGGUGAUGCCAUUAUGAAGACAGCCCUUGUUGAUCUCUACAUGAGCUGCGGCUGCGUCGAGGAGGCGGAGCGAUUGCUUAUCCACAUGGAGCGCCCAAAGGAUGUGGCGCUGUGCAACACUGUUCUUUCAGGCUACGUGGAGAAUGGCCAUUUCCGGGAAGCUUUCUUGAUGCUAGGGGCAAAUGAACCCAACCAAAUCACGCUGACAUGCGCUCUCUCCGCCUGCUCAGCCACAGCAAAUCUGGCAUAUGGUCUGCAGGUACAUUGCAAAGUUCUCCGCUGUGGGUUUGAUUCUGAGACUAUCCUAUGCAAUGGACUUAUUGACAUGUAUGCAAAGUGUGGUCGGACAGCGGGUGCACGUGUGGUGUUUGAUCGAAUGAGUGGCAAAAAUGUUCUUUCCUGGUCCUGCAUGAUUGAUGGCUAUAGUCGCCAUGGGCAUGGGAAAGAGGCUUUGGAUUUGUUUGAGAGGAUGGAAAAAGCUGUACCCAUAGUCUGGCCAAAUGCCAUUACAUUUCUGGUUAUCCUCUCAGCUUGUGGACACUCUGGUCUUGUGGACGAAGGCCGAGCCAAGUUACAUUUGAUGAAAAGCAAGUAUGCAAUCGAUCCAGGGCCAGAGCACUACGCUUGUUUUAUUGACAUGUUAGGCCGGGCAGGACAAAUCGAUGAGGCAUGGAAUCUCUACUGUAGUUUGUGUGCGAACGUAACUGAGCUUUCUGCUGCUAUCUGUGUGGCUAUGUUGAAUGCAUGUAUAUCUAACAUAGAUGUGGUAAGAGGAAACACGGUAGCUGGGCAUCUUUUGGAAGUUGAUCCACAGAAUACUCGAAAUCUUGUGUUAAUCUCAAACUUUCAUGCUGCUGCUAGGCAAUGGUCUGUAUCGGAUGAGUCAAGGAAGGUUAUAAUGAACAAAGGUCUAAAGAAAGAAGCAGCUAGUAGUCAUGUCUCUAUGGGCUAAAUACUACUUUGCACAAAUCUGGAGGC